AUGGAGUGGACUACGUUUCGCAGUUUCUUCGGGGGAAUCGUAUCUGUUCACAAGCCCUACCGCUAUGACCUCUUGUCAGAUGUCGACGACGAAUCGUACCAACUCCCCACGGAUGGCAAUGCGCCCAUUCCCCAGCGACGCUUUUCUUUGCGUCGAAAUCCACUCAGCUUCCUCACGCGCAUUUUCCUCUCCGCCGCAUGUCGACGCAGCGCCCUUGUGUUCUUGGUCGUCGCAACAUGCGUUAUAGGCUGGCUAGUCCCACCUUCAUACAGUGAUGUACGGGAUUUCGAGCAGCACCUACCGCAACAUCAGAUCCCGACCGAUUCCAUAGGCAACAGAAGAUAUCUGCGCUUCGAAGGGACAUUAUGGGGUCUUGGCUUGAAUAACAUCUUACAAGAAGAACUCGUUCUAUCUUACAUCGCAUACGCGACAAACCGUUCAUUCGUAUUUAGCGACUACACAUGGUCACAUUCUCCACUCCCUUUCACUAUUGAUGAUUAUUCUCUCCGACCGGCUCGGAUGCCUUUAAACGCGUUUAUUUCUGGCCCUACUGCGGGCGGACCAAUAACAUCACAUAACCAACAUACAUUGGACCUACCCGCGGAUUCUCAUACGCAUAUCGACACAGAUUUACGUGCAGUACACUUGGCCUACUUCAAUGCCGUUUGCCCGCAAAAUAAACGCGUCCGACUGUCCUCGGCUGACACCCCUCGACUAGGCGAUGACACAUUGGACGGAGACGAGCUUUUAGCUACGUGGGUAGAUUGGUUGUCACGGGAUGAGGUAGUGAAUGAGCCAUGUGUGGUCGUUGAUUUCAGCGAGAGAAUCGUGUUUGAUCACCUAUUGUUUGGAUCACCAAGGGUGAUUUCUAUGUUCCCUAUACUUGCGUCGAGUCCCAUCCUUAAGGAAUUCGCAUGGUCCUAUCUCGUCGAAGCGGCUGUCGAACGGAACAUGCAUGGGUUAAUUAAUCCCGUAUCAUCCUCAUCUCCGAACCUCAUGUCUGGUGUGGUAGCGGUUCAUCUAAGAAGAGGCGACUACUCCGGGCACUGUCUCUACCUGUCCAAACACAACACGGCAUAUCAAGGCAUGAACCAAUACCCUGGUAUCGUCGACCGUUUUGACCCGCUGGGAUUCGACCCAUCAGCACCUCCCCCCGAUGACGACUCCUACCAUCACUAUCUCCCACACUGCCUCCCCAACAAUUCAGAAAUAGUCGAGCGCCUACGUGUCGUUCGCGCAGAAAACCCGCAGUUAUCAUUAACCAAAGUAUAUUUACUUUCGAAUGGUGGUCGAUGGUGGCUUGAUGAGCUCUGGGCGGAACUGCGGGCAGACGGGUGGGAGCCUGUAAAGGAAGGUUUGGGAAGCAGUCAGGAUUUAAUUUUGACGAGGGAGGAGCAGUAUGUCAGUGGAGCGGUGGAUAUGGCUAUCGCGGAAAAGGCGGAGAUGUUUGUUGGGAAUGGGUUCUCGAGUCUUACGGGGAACAUCGUGAUGCUGAGGUUGGCUAAAGGUGUUGAUGUGGGAUUAAAUAGGAUGCUGUGA